AUGGGUAUUAAAAAGCUAUUCAAAAUUAAACCUCCAGAGGAGGAUACUCUAGAGCAGAACAGGGAAACUCUGAACGAAAUGGGUAUUUCAACGAGGAAUCCUUCUAAGAAGAAGAGAGAGAAGUUCGCAGCAUAUGGUAGAUUUGCCAAAGACAAAGCUCAAGAUAGAGUGUACGCUCCGGAAGGAUAUGAGAACUUUACUAAGCCACAGGAAGAGGAUGACCUGAAUAAAUCAGAGCUAGAUAAUGCGACGCCAAAUGCGGAGAGUAAAGGAGGAGGACCCCAGUCUGCAGACCCGUAUGCAGCCUCGGCUGGAGGCUCAGAUCCUUAUGCAAUAAAUACUAGCGCUAAUUACGGGGCUGAUCCGUACUCGAAUAUGCCUACGAAUAACUAUCAGGGAACUGGCUACUCGGAAAACAGCUAUACAUCGAGUGGACCUUCGUAUGGUGAUCCAUACCAGGCACCUAAUGGCUAUAGUAGCGCAUAUAGCGGCAUCAAUGGGGCUGGCAAUGUUACCUCACCAUAUGGCGCUUCUGGCAGCAAUAUGCAGGAUCAAAACAGACCGAAGGUAAAUCCCUAUGGUGGGGGGAAUUUUAGGGACAAUUCAUAUUCUGAUCGGUCUUCGUCCCGUACUGCGAAUACGACAUCGAAUCCAUACGGUGGCCUAAAUAAGGAACAGGACGAAUAUUCAAGGAGUGGAUCAUUUCCUAAGAGUAGUAAACAGCCUGCGAACCCGUAUGCGACCUUGGGUACCGACGUGUACGCGAGCCACGGUGUACAAGCAGGUCAGGAUAGUCAAUCUAAAAACAAUCCAUAUUCAAGAAGAAAUGUGAAUGAGUAUGGUAGCGCAACAGGGAACGAAAUGAGAACAGGCGGAGCCCCGAGGCGUAGAAUGGGACGUCCUGACAUGAGUACCAACAGACUAACAUCUACCAAAUCUGCGGCAGAUACUCUUGAUCUGAAUAAAAGUGCAGUUGAUGGUGACGAUUUGAAUGAAGAACCUCGAGCAGGAGAGUUUGAUUUCGAAGAGGAAAGGCCAAGUUAUGGGGAAAACACUGUGGGUGUUGAUGAACUGGAUUUAAACGCGCCAUUAAAUGAACAGGAUCAACAAAAUGACUUCAAUUCGACCAUAGCAGAUCAUCAAGAGCAGCUUUACCAAGAGGCCCCCCAGUGGCAAUUAGAGGAUGAAGGUCUUUCACAAUCAGAAUAUACCCAGCAUAAUCAAGGAGCUUACAAAACAUUCGAUGAGCUGCAAAGGGAAGAAGAAGCACGUCAGCAGCAGGAAGAAGAUGAGGCUGUGGAUGAAGUCAAGCAAGAGAUUCGAUUCACUAAGCAAAGUUCCGUAGCAUCUACUCGGAAUACGUUGAAAAUGGCUCAGGAAGCUGAAAUGUCCGGGAUGAACUCAAUCGGUUUACUUGGGCAUCAAAGUGAAAGACUUAAUAACAUCGAAGGAAAUUUAGAUUUGAUGAAGGUGCAAAAUAAAAUUGCUGAUGACAAAGUAGCAGAGCUAAAGAAACUAAACAGAAAUAUCCUUGCCGUUCAUGUAUCGAAUCCUUUUAACUCAAAAAGACGACAAAGAGAGAGAGAGGAGAAGAUCAAAAAUAGGAAAAUAGAAGAAAAGUUAAUGAAAGAGCAUACCAGUCAACAAUUAGCGAGGUCAACGCAACGUAUUGAAGGUGCUAUGAAUGCUAAUGACGAUAUAAAUACCGUAAGAGAAAAAUAUCAAAGAAAACAGAUCUUGGAUCGCUCCAAGCAAUUUCAGUUCGAAAAUGAUGAAGAAGAUGACAUGAUGGAGGUUGAAAUUGAUAGAAACCUGGAUCAAAUUCAACAGAUAAGUGGAAGGCUAAAAAAAUUGGCAAUGGCUACAGGUGAGGAAUUAGAUUCACAACAAAAACGUGUCAGAAAUAUUGAGGACAAUACUGACGAUUUAGAUAUCAAAAUUCAUUUAAAUACAACAAGAUUAUCGGGAAUCAGGUAA